CCAAACCAACUCACAACAUUAGCCAUCGUUAUUAACCUGAAACCCGACACCGAUUACAGGUUUCGUGUAGCAGCAGUGAGGAAAGGAACAGGUGGAACGGGACCUUUGUCGCCUAGCAACACCACAACAACUCGCUGUGGAAAACCCAGUGCUUCUCCAACUGGACUAUAUGUGGCAGCCAUCAACCCUAAAGAGCUAGAGGUGACAUGGGAGCACCUCCCCUCGGAAUCAGCAGAAUGCAGGAGUGGAGUGACCCAUUAUAAUGUCUACUAUGCUGCCAUUGGGUCAACUUCUUCAAACUCUCUCAUGGUUCGAAAUGAUACGAGCUCCAUCACUAUACGAGGGUUGGAAACCUAUCAGGACUAUUCCUUUCAAAUGACUGCAUCAAAUGAAGACGAGGAGAGUGACAGGAGCAGUGAGAUUAUCGGCAAAACACUUGAAGAAGUUGCACCUACUCCUAUCAAUGUGGCUAUACCGCGGAGUACUACAAGCUCCUUCACUGUAUCCUGGUCUACCCCUCUACCAUCUAACAUCAACGGUAACAUCCAGAAGUAUAUCAUCCGCUACAAGGGAACUAAUCCAGAUGUUGAUGGCACUUAUAAGAUGGAGGAAGUAUUGACUAGUGCAUUUGAUGGAGAACAUACUGUGGUAAACCUGGCCAGUGAAAUCAACUAUUCAGUUCAGGUCCGUACUUUCAAUGAAGCUGGUUCUAGUAAUUGGUCCGAACCAGUGAGUGCAAAGACCACCCUCUCAGGUGAUGAUAAUGGUACCAGGAUACCACUAGGAGCUGUGAUAGGGGGUGUGAUAGUACCCCUCGUUAUUAUCAUCAUAAUACUAAUAUUAACUGUGGUCGUGAUGUAUAGAAGGAUCAAACACAGACAUUUAAACGCUGAACCAGCCGAUACUGCACAUGAGACCUCCUCCAAGCAUGGGAACCCUGCAUUUGAUGGCUCAGACACCAAUACAUACCAAGAUCUUACUGCAGACACAUCAAACUACCAGAAUUGUGCCGACCCUCAAAGCUAUGAAGAUCCCAUUGGCCACGUUACCUAUCAUGAUGUCAUAUCAUCAGAUCCGGGAGACAUUUACGCAGAAAUAUAGACUCAACCCAAGUAUGGCUGAGGGGUAUGGUGCCAGCGGUGAUACAUGCUGGAUCAACAAUAAUGAACAUGGUAUACAGUACACAUAGUUUGGAAUACAUGUAUUCAUCUUGAUGCUCAUACUUAUUCAUUUGCAUACAUGUUUUUUACGGUACUAAUCAAUGGUUACAAUAAUUAUAACGAAACUUAAAUAGGCAUUUUCAAAAUGUUAUAGAAACAGUUUAUAUGUUAUGUGAUUUUAGAUCAUCACUCGCUUGUAAAUAAAGGAAGGAAAGGGUAAAUGUAUGUCUAGGUUCUUAAAAUUGGCUUUCAUUUACAAUGCACAGGUGCCAGUUUUUAAUUAUUAACUACUGUUGUAGAGGAAAUGUUUUAGUUGUUGUUCACUUUAAGUUGUGUAAUCAUUCUAUUUGUCAUGUCAUUUACCUCUUGUUUUCCUUUCUUUUAGACGUGUACAUUUGUAAAAAUAUUUUGUUGUAAGCUUAUGUAACAAUAUAUAUAUUAUUCAGUACAGGGCCCGUCUUACAAAGACGGGGCCCUGAUGUAUUUCUCGCUCUCUGUGUUCUCUGUAUUGAAUGAAAUAUAAAAUCUAUAGAUAGGUAAGGGUUCUCCAAAUUGGCUGAAUUGGAGGUUAUUCAUUGUUGUUUAGUGGCGGACAACUUUUCCAACUUUUAUUAAAAUAUAUUACUCAGGAGGGUCUAUUCUUUUUAGAGGACAUGCUAUUAUCCACUAAUAUAUUUUAAUCAGUGCCCCGAAGGAGAAUGCACUUGGGAGAAAAACUGAAAUUAAUCAUAUUUGUGUACACUACAAUCAAUAGAUUUAUUUGCAUAGACCUAGUGAUCUCAUAUUUAAAACAUCCAGAACUUACUUGUUACCGAUCCGAUUUAUUUCACACCUUCGCCAUUCUGUUAUUUUCUGCUUUCAACCGAAUGAACUUGGUACCAUGGAUGGAUUGCCCCGUGAGGGAGUCCUCAUAGAUUUAUCGUAUAUGCAAUUAUUGGAAGUGUAGGACUGAAAGAACAUAAUUAUGCACUGUACUAUAAUAUUAGUAAACUAAGAGGUAGUUAUAGUUUCGUAUACGUACAAUGCUAGUCAAGUGUAGGCCUGAAUUAUAUGCACUGUACUUUUUUUCUGUUCCAAUUAUUGAACCUUAAAACGAAACAAGUUGUCAGCAUAUGAAUAAUGUCAUUAUAGUACAUUAUUUGUGAUGUAAUUUUGCAAUUUAUUAUUAAGCAAUUAAAAGCUAAUUCUGAGAACUGGA